CACACACACUCACACACCGAGACUCAAUUACUGCCCAAUUCCCUUCUUUAUCAUUCGUCCCCGACCUCUUUCAUAACCAAAACCGACCAAGGAAAAAAAGAGGCGAGAAGAAGACCGACCCGAAGUGUUAGUUGAACUAAAAACCCACGUUGGAAAUAAGUAAAGUGUCGAAACUAAAAAAAGGUGUUACAGCAGUUAUGUCAAGGAGCUGAAGACAUCUCUAACGUCAAUAUGGAGUCUGGAGAGCGGCUGGCCUCCCCUGCGCCCACCCUGUCUGCUGCUCGCACCUCCUCCCCUGCGGCCUCUUCCUCCUCCUCCUCCUCUUCUUCCUCUUCGUCAUCCCCUGCUCCCCACUCUAAGAGCAGCCUGGCCCCGAGCCCCUCAGCACUGGGAUCCACCCUCAGCACCUCUGGCCGUCUGUUUGGAGCAGCAGGAGAGCAGCCCUUCAUUGGCUCCACAUUGUCAAGUGCCUUCCCUCUGGUCAACCACCCAGCCUUCGGAGCCCUCUACACUGCUGGAGCAGGCAGGCCUGAGUUUGGAGGCCUGGGCUCCCUGGGCAUGUCAGCUGCUCUGGCUACCCACCCACAGCUAGGAGCCCUUUCUGAAUGGUGGCGAGCUGCUGAAGCCCAUGGACGGGGAGCUGCUGCCUUUCUCCCCUCUUUCAUCGGCUUCCCUCCGUUCUUCACCCCUCACAUCCAGCCCAACCACAGCGCCAGUCCUGUUCAGAUCAGGAUGCCAGGCAAGAAUAGCCACACCCCAGCUAAAGGGGUGAAUGGGGCCGUCAAUGGCAGCGGGGUCCGUCCUCCCACCACACAAACAGGGGGCUUUUCUGCGAGUCCGGCUCCUGUUCAGGCAUCGACUAAGCCAACCAAAAAUUCAAACCCCUCCAACAGUCACCGUAGCAGCCCUCAGAACAAUCCAGCAGAGUUGGUGGAAAAGCCGAUCCAGAAGCCUAAAGAGAAGAAGCCACGAAAGAAGCCAGCAGACACUUCUGUGGCGAGCAACAGCGAAUCAGGCACAUCCUCAGACAGCUCAAGUGACGGGUCCCUCAGCAGUGAUCUGGAGGACCUAGCGGAGGAUGAUGAAGACGACGAUGAUGACGAUGAGGAUGACGAAGAAGAGGACAAACAGAGUGAAUUAUCAGACUCUGAGAAGCGGACAAAGAAGAAAACAAAGGUUUUGAUACCGAGCACUGGAACUGCAAAGACUGACAGACCACUCUGUGGGGAGCCCCAGGACAAGAAAGACACCCAAACCCAGAAGGUUCCCUCCAACCCCCCAACCCUUGUGCCCUUACCCUGCUCUGUCUCCCCUCCUGCCUUGUCCCAAACCUCACCGCUGGCUCUGCACGGCUCCAGGUCCCGGACAGAGGGGACACAGCAACACUUCAGUGUGAUUCAGUCCACUGGCCUGGCCGCCAACUCAAAGCCCCUGGCACUCCUCACUCAACCCCGUAGGGAGUCUUCACCGUCUUCCUCCCCCAUAGCCCUGACCACAUCUCCAAAGGCACUCUCCAGCACUGCCUCUCCCAAACCUCCUAAACUGCUGCCCUCCUCCUCCCCCCAGCACCUGCCCCUCUCCCUGUGCUCCUCCCCUAAGCCUCUGUCUGUCCCCUCUCCACCCCACUCGACUCUCCCGCUGUCUACCUCCCCAAAACCUUUUGGUUUGACCUCAUCUGUAACAAGCUCCCAGAAGUCAUCACUGAAGCACGUUGUUCCUGGCACUGCCAAAUCCAACAAAAGGAAACUGCUGGAAGCUUCCCUUGCGCAGAUCAAUGAGUUCAGGCUCAAACAGACUCUCAUGUCCCAAGGGCAGACGUUCCCAGCUGAGCUAAAGAAGCAGCAGCAGGGGCCAAACAAGUCUCCCAAGAGGACGUCUCUGUCUUCAUCGCCAUUGCCACCUGCUCCGCCUCCUCCACCCCAGAACAAUCACUCCAACCUCUUCCUCUCGAGUGCCCUGCUGGGGCUCCCUGAACCCCAUCACCCCAAUGGAGUCAUCCAAAGCACCACUCAGGACGCACCUUUGGCCCUCAUCAGCAAACCUCGCAAAGACUCUGCCUCUAAAGGCAAGUCCCCUCAGUGCGACUCCGAUGCUGGGUCGAUGCCUGUCAAUCUGAGCACAGGGGCCAGCAGGACCCAAGCAACCGCCCAGGCUGGGCCUCCGUCACAGCCCCCCACUACCUCACCCCAUGCCACAGGCCAUGGAUCUAGAAAGAACAAGUCCCCUAAGGGUAAGGGACAGACACCAGGGCUGGGACAGGGACAGGGACAGGGACAAGCGGACCCUUUAGCUGCCUGGAAGGGCUUCUCUCAGAACCAUCUGGUACAGUCUCUAGUAGAUUUGUUUCGUGGAGGAGAGUCCGGGAUCGGGAUUCCUGGAGUUAGUAUCCCUGGAGUUGGAAUUCCUGGAGUGGGGAUCCCUGGGACAUGUAACCCCACAGCUGGUCUCCCUGCUAAUAAGGAAUCUGACGACUCAGGAGAUGAUGAUGAUGAUGAGGAUGACGACCUUGAGGAGGAGGAGGAUGAAGAGGACUCAGAUGAUAGUCUGUCAGAGUCCGACAGCAACUCAGACAGUGACGUCUCUGGGAAGAAAGUAAAGGAGUUAAAGCUGCUGCCGUCUGGAUCAUCUACAAAGGAGACGACUCCCCGCAGGCUAACCAAAGGCCCAGAACUACUGAACACCUCAACCAAUCACACCGCCACCAGCUGCUCCCCUCUCAACCUACAGGUCAUCAAGACUCCCACCAUUGUCACCAGCUCCAGUGCCUUGGCCUAUCACAGCUCUCCAGGCUCAUCCUCCUACAGCCUAGCCUCUCCAUUAGGCUUAGGGAAGAGGAAGAGGGUGAUGGAUGAGAAGGAGUUGAUGAUACCUCUGGAGCUGGGGUGGCGGAGAGAAACAAGAAUCAAAUCAGUGACUGGACGGCCGCAGGGUGAGGUGGCCUACUACGCUCCGUGUGGCAAGAAACUAAGGCAGUACCCAGAUGUGAUGAAGGGUUUACAGUGGAGCCUGUUGAAGGAAGAGGAGGUCAUUCCUCGUAUUUUGGCGAUGGAAGGUCGUAGGGGUCGUCCCCCUAAUUCAGAGCGUCAGUUAGCAGGUGAAGGUACCAAAGGUACCCGACGGAGGAAGGGACGACCCCCUAAUGUUGGCGAUCCACUGGUGCCCGAGGGCCCCAGUCCCAGUGAGGUCAAACUUCUGCGCAAACUAGAGGCUCAAGAAAUAGCCCGACAGGCCGCCCAGAUGAAACUGAUGAGAAAACUGGAAAAGCAGGCACUGGCACGUGCAGCCAAAGAAGCUCGGAAGCAGCAAGCUAUCAUGGCGGCAGAGGAGAGAAGGAAGCAGAAAGAGCAGAUCAAGAUUCUCAAGCAGCAGGAAAAGAACAAGCGCAUUCAGCAGAUUCGGAUGGAGAAGGAACUCAGGGCGCAGCAAAUUUUGGAGGCCAAACGGAAAAAGAAGGAAGAAGCCGCCAAUGCCAAAAUAUUGGAGGCUGAGAAACGGAUAAAGGAGAAAGAGUUGAGGAGACAGCAGGCGGAAAUUCUCAAACACCAGGAGUUGGAGAGGCAUAGACUAGAUAUGGAGAGGGAGAGGAGAAGGCAACAUGUAAUGCUGAUGAAGGCUGUUGAGGCUCGCAAGAAAGCAGAGGAGCGUGAGCGCUUGCGGCAGGAGAAAAGGGAUGAGAAGCGCCUGAACAAAGAGCGUAAACUGGAGCAACGGAGGCUGGAGCUGGAGAUAGCGAGGGAACUGAAGAAGCCAAAUGAAGACAUGUGUCUGUCUGAUCACAAGCCUCUCCCUGAGUUCUCCCGGAUUCCUGGACUCAUCCUGCCAGGACGUGCUGUGUCAGACUGCCUGAUGCUGAUGCAGUUCCUGCGAGGCUUUGGGAAGGUUUUGGGGCUUGAUUUGAAUGUGGAUGUGCCCACCCUGGGCAUGCUACAGGAGGGCUUGCUCAACGUGGGGGACAGCAUGGGCCACGUCCAAGACCUUCUCGUCAAACUGCUUUCUCUGGCAGUCUGUGAUCCCGGUUUGCCACCUGGACACAAGACAAAAACCAUGCUGGGGGACCAUCUGACCAAUGUUGGCAUCAACAGGGAUAAUGUGUCUGAGGUGCUACAGAUGUACAUGGGAGCCCAUUGUGCCAAUACAGAACUGGCUCCUCUGGCCCUCAGUUUGAAGACUAAGGCCUUCCAGGCCCACACGCCUGCCCAGAAGGCCUCAAUUCUGGGCUUCCUGGCUAAUGAGCUGGCCUGCAGCAAGGCUGUUAUCAGUGAGAUUGACAAGAGCCUUGAUCAGAUGGCAAACAUGAGGAAGGACAAGAUCAUUAUGGAGGGAAAACUGAAGAAGCUCAGGACCAUUUAUGCCAAACGUACUGGUAGGAGGGAGGCCAGUAUGGGUGUGGAGGAGAACCAGUCUGUUGGGACUCCAUCCUCUGCUGCCAAACGCAAGAGGAAACUGGGUGCAGACAGUGAAGAUGAUGAAGACGACGAUGACGACAGCGAUGACCAGGCAGAGGAGGAAGAGGAUGAGGAGGAGGAAGAAAUUAAGAAAGUUAAAAAAGUGGAGACCUACGAUGAGGAUGAUGUUGACCAAGCCACCAGUAUUGAGGAGCUGGAGAAGCAGAUAGAGAAGCUAGCCAAGCAACAUCAUCAGACCAGAAGAAAGCUGUUUGAGAUCUCCCACUCUCUGCGCUCCAUGAUGUAUGGCCAGGACCGUUACCGCCGCCGGUACUGGGUACUUCCCCACUGUGGAGGGGUCUUCAUUGAAGCCAUGGAGAGCGGAGAAGCACCAGAGGAACUGGAGGAGGAGCGACAGAGGAGGAGGAGGGCAGCAGAGGAGGUCAAGGUCAAAGAGGAACCUCAGGAGAUCGAGUUGGAGAAGGAGAAACCCACCAACGUUGAUGGGCAGACCAUUCGAACACAAGGUUUGGAGCAACAGAAAGAGGAGGAGAAGGAGCACGAGGACAAAAGGAGCUCCCCGACCCUCUUCUACCAGCAACCAGGCUGUGUAUCCAAACUGUGUACACUCCGAGACGUCAACAAGGACGUCGGCAAAGAAACUGUGAAGGCAGAGGACAAGGAGAGUCCCCAUGUGAGACAAAACGGCAGCCCCGUGGGCACUCCUAAUGCUUCAACUUCAGUAACAUCAUCCUCCCCCACCCACAUUACCUCCGAGCCGGCAGUAGCAACAACCCCCUCCAUGGUGACCACUAAUGACACUACAAACAUCCCUCUCCCAGCCUCAACCUCUUUAUCUGUCCCGUGCCUGCCAGCCCCACGUGAAAGCCCAGGGAACACUCCUCCAACCUCAUCCCCUGCUCCAUCUCCACACCUCUCAUUCCAAGCUAACGACCAGCUACUCAGAGUCCUGACCGAGAGGAGUGGCCACUGGUUCAGUCUGCUGCCUCGUAACCCCUGUGACCUCUCUUCCAUCACCACGCCUCCUCCAGGAGCAGCCCAUGUGUCUCCUCAGGCAUCCUCCACCCCAGCCAGGCCCAGAUCCCCACCUCCAUCCCCUGCCCUGCCUCUCACCCCUUCUGCUGCCUCAGCCUCCGCCAGCCCACACCACCCAGCUGGCCUCCUCAACUACCCAAUAUCGGCCCUGCAGGUGAAGCCCGGUGGUUCAUUGCUAGGAGUUUCUUUCGGAAACUGGCCCAGUGGCAUGAUAAGUCCCAGCCUGCCUCUGUGCAGCAGCCCCAGCCCCAUGCCGGGUCAUUCUCUGGAGGGCAACACAGCAGCAAGUGUCUCCAGUAAGAGUGAAUCACCUUUACCUCGCAUUGAGAAAUCCUCAUCCAUGCCCUCUCCUGCCUUGGAAAUGCCAAAAUCCCUCGACCACCUGGCACCUCGGCCCAUCCCAGAGGAGAUGCUGACAGGGUGGUGGCGGGUUUCUGACAUCGAGGAGCUGAGAGCUUUAGUCAAUGCUCUCCACAGCCGAGGCAUCAGAGAGAAGGGCCUCCAGAGGCAGAUGCAGAAAUACAUGGAGAUCAUCCCCCAGGUCUGCACCAAACACAAAGACGUGGCCAUGAUCGAGCUGUGUGAGCUGGAGGAGAGCCAGGUCAGUGUGGAGUCGGUGCGAGGCUGGUGUGUUGAGGAGCAGGCGAUGGAGAUGGACAUUGCCGUGCUGCAGCAGGUGGAGGAGCUGGAGAGGAAGGUCACCGCAGCCAGCCUGCAGGUCAAGGGCUGGACGUAUCCGGACCCUCAAUCUGAGAGGGAGGACCUGGUGUAUUACGAGCACAAGCCCCCCACAAAAUCGACGGCGGCGUCAGCAAAUGCAGGAGACAAGGACUCCAAGGAGCAUCCUGAGGAGCGGGGGGAGAAGGGCGGGGUGAUGCGUCACCUGGACAACCCGCUGGACAUAGCAGUGACACGUCUGGCUGAUCUGGAGCGCAACAUCGAGAGAAGGUACCUGAGGAGCCCCUUAGGUACCACCAUUCAGAUCAGGCUGGAUAAUGUGGGUACGGUCACUGUCCCUGCCCCCGCCCCAUCCACUAGUGCUGACAGGGAAGGCGGUGAGGAGGAGGUGGCCCACGGCAUGAAGGUGUGGAGGAAGGCCCUGACUGAAGUACGCAGCGCUGCCCAGUUGGCCAUGUGCAUCCAGCAACUGCAGAAGUCUAUUGCCUGGGAGAGGUCCAUCAUGAAAGUGUACUGUCAGAUGUGCAAGAAGGGGGAUAAUGAGGACCUCCUCCUGCUGUGCGAUGGUUGUGACAAAGGCUGCCACACUUACUGUCACAAACCCAAGAUCACCAGUAUCCCAGAGGGAGACUGGUACUGCCCGGCCUGCAUAUCCAAGGCAAGUGGUCCAUCCCCCAAAAGCAAAAAGCCUCAAAGCAAACCAGUAGCAUCCAGCGGAGGAGGCGGUAAGAAAGGUGGAGAGGCGAAGAAGAACGGGAAGCAGACAGGUAACGGGGAAGUAUCGGAGGACGACUCGGCCAGCGCCAGCAGCACACCCAAGAAAGGAGCAAAAGACACCAGCAGGAAGAGGAAAACAGAAGAGACCUCAGCUGCUCUGCCAGCAGCCAAUCAGGAGAGCCCUGUGUGUGUGAAGCGAGCCAAAACAGCCAGAGACAACAACAGGGACCUGGGAUUAUGCAGGGUACUCCUUGCUGAGCUGGAGCGGCAUCAGGAUGCAUGGCCUUUCCUCACACCCGUCAACCUGAAAUCGGUCCCUGGCUACAAGAAGGUCAUCAAGAAACCGAUGGACUUCUCCACCAUACGUGAGAAGCUUGUGAGCAGCCAGUAUCAGAACCUGGAGACUUUCAUCAUUGAUGUCAACUUGGUCUUUGAUAACUGCGAAAAAUUCAAUGAAGACAAUUCAGACAUUGGUCGAGCUGGCCAUAACAUGAGGAAGUUCUUCGAGAAGCGCUGGACUGAGCUUCUGAAACAAACAAACUAAAAGUCUGUUCAGUUUCUCCCCAUAAAACCAUUCAACUUUUCAUAUCGGAGCACCAGGUUUUACUUUCAUUUUUAUUUCCUGAUGGAGAAAAUGGCUUUGCAGGAUGGAAGAAGAAGUCAAAUCCUUAAUAAGGAAACCAUGGUGUGCUUAAGAGAGAUGUCACCUUGAAAAAAAAAAAAAAAAAAAAAGUUAUUACAUGAGGUGCGCUGGAUUUAUAACAACAGGGAUAAAAGCCCCAAAGAGUCCCAGAGAAAUGGGGUGUCGUAGUGCAAUACCAUUCCCUGUCUCAGAACACUGCACUGAAUGAAUCCUCAACUGUCACUGAUGUGUCUGCGCUAGAAUACUUUCCACUACUUGUAAAUAGUCUUUUGUUAUUUAAUCGUAUUAUAGUGAAUGUAUUUAAUUUUGUAAUAAUUAUUUAUGAAUCAAGGUCCACUUCAUUUUCUAUGAAAAGGAAGAAUCAUCUGAACUGCUUUGAAUUAAAAAAGGAAUGUGUC